AUGGCUUGCAAAGCUAUGUUACUACUUUUCUUGAUACUAUUUUCAGUUAACGCCAAUACAAUCAGUGAUAAAGAUCUAAAGGGCAAAAAUGUCAUCGUGACUGGGGCAGCUAGAGGUAUAGGAUAUGCUAUUGCAGAUAAUUUCCUAGCUAAUGGAGUCAAUCUAAUAAUUAUUCUGGAUAAAAAUGCUACUAACGGAGUAAGUGCAGCAGAAACUCUGAAAUGUAAACAUGGAAGAGAUAAAGUUAUUUUUAUACCGUGUGAUGUUACGAAAGAUCUUCUUCUGUUGGAUGUAAUAAUUGAUCUAUAUGGGCCAAUAGACGUGUUGGUAAACAAUGCUGGAAUACUUGAUGAGGCCCAACCCAGAAAAAUGAUACUGACAAAUAGCAUUGCACCGAUUGAAUGGUCAUUGAAAUUCAGAGAAUACGCGAGAAAAGACAAAGGCGGUCAUGGCGGAACUAUUAUAAACACCGCGUCUAGGUCAGGUUACAGAAUAACCCCAUUCAUGGUUUCUUACAGUUCAUCCAAGUACGCUAGUUCAACAUUCAGUAAGUCUUUAGGACACCCAUAUAACUUCAAAAGAACAGGAAUCAGGAUUGUGGCUCUAUGUCCAGAACUGACCCACACUGCGAUGACUGCAAAGCAAACAGUUUGGGGUGAUCAAUUGGAAGAUUAUAAAAAAGUAAUCAAGGAUGCCGUUUGGCAGGAACCAGAUGAAGUCGGCAAAGCAGUCGUCCAAAUAUUCAAGAUUGCUGAUUCCGGCACCGCUUGGAGAAUUUCUGGGGGUAAACACACCUUAGCUCCGGCCUAUCAAUAUUUGACAGAUGAAGAAAUUGAAAAGGCUUUAUACAUGUAG